UCAAAUAUUAGUUGAUUUUCAGUAACGUAAUUGAAACCAACAUGGAAGUAUUCAUGGCAUUUUCUAUAACAAUAAAAAUAAAAAAUUAAAAAAAGAAGCAAGUGCUAAUUAAAAAUUAUAAACAAACAAGAGAUAUGAUUGAACAAAGGCUUUUAAUAGUAUUAUGCUACGGGCUAAUGUUAAUGGUGGCGGUCGAGGCAGAAAAAGAAAAUGACGACGAUGAUUAUGAUGAUCGUUUAAAAAGUUGUUCACUGGAUACACCUCUACUCGUCUGCCCACCCAAUUCCCUUUGUGCGCGCAUCAGUUCAACAGAACCGAGUGAUUUAAAAUGUAUAUGCCUGCAAAAUUAUCAUCUGAAUCCGAAAUGGGAAGAAUCGGAUGAUUUUACACCAACAUUAGCACCAGAACAGGAAUAUUGUUUGCCUGGUGCCGAAACCAAUGGGGAUGAACCCCACAAAAUAGUUGUCUAUCUUCGUUCUACGGCAAAUCCCCAACACUUAGUAUUUGGUAUUGUUAUGGUUCUGCUGGGUGUCACUCUAGUCACGGCAGUAUUAUACGGCAUUAAAGUCUUAGGACCCGUCAAACGCACAAAGGCGGCUUAUAAGAUGUUGACGAAUCGUCGCAAAAAUAUAACACCCCUACAAGAAAUGGAUGAAUUGGAAAUGAAUCGUCGCUAUGAAAUGCAAACAUUUUAAAAAUAAAUGCACGACGAGGAGUUGUGGUAUUGUUGAGAGACUUUCAUAAAAGACUGAAUGUGAUAUGAAAAGGAACUUUAAAAAGUUUUCAAUUUGAAUUGAAUUGUUAUUGUUGUGAUAUUGAACGAGAGUGUUUU